AUGUCUUGGGACGGAAGUGAGUCCGCUCUAGAGUUUCGCAAGGGCCCCGAGAUGCCCCCAUGGGCAGCAUCUACUGGAGUGCUGCUGCCUCCACCGCUAGCCGUGAUCAAGCCUUGCCCAGAUAUGGACGGCUACUAUCCCAUGGACAUGGCAUCAGUGGUCACCGCUGGGAGCUCGUCUGGUUCCGGAAGCAAGCAAAUUCCUUUGCACUGCACCGUUUGCCCUGAGACGCCACGCUUCUCUGAUGUGUCACACUUGCUCACGCACAUCGCCUCCAAAGGUCAUCUUCAUCAUGAAACUCAAACAAAGCUGAAGGCUCAUCAAGACGUUGCGGCCUCUGUAUCUCUUCAGCGGUAUGAGCAAUGGUAUAAAGACAAUGGCAUCGAGGGGCUGCUUGUCGAGAGGAUGAAGGCGAAGCAGCUGAAAGAGGCUGCGAGAAGCAAACGAGCCAGAGGAGCGGCGUCGCUUGCGGCUUCAAAGGAGCAACCCAAGAGGAAAAUCAAGCGGACUGAAUCCGAUACACUCGUGAAGAACGAACGUGAAGACUUUCCCCCAGACUUCCCCAUGUUUCCCGGAUUCUAUCCAUCGGAUAAUGAGAACGAGGUCCAAGACGAUUAUUUCGGAGCGGGAGAUAUGAUGGCGCUGAAAGGUCAGGUAUGGCCAGGGAUGGGCAAAAUGGAUUUGGCAAAUGAGGAUAUGAAACGCACUCGCAACCAAAGAAAGCCCAAGUCAGUCAUUGAGAAAAUGAGAAGAACAUCAGAAGGCAUUGAGCCAACACAAGUCGUCAUGACGGCCGAGUUUGAAGUGGAAAGAAUCAAGGAUGUUUAUGACAGCUCUUCGCCAGUGCCGGAUCAAGAAGACGCGACUCCUGUCAAAAACACUGCGAAACCUCGCCGAAAGCGCGGAGAACCACUUGCUGAAAUCUCUGCCAACAUUCCCCGAGGCGGAAAUCGCCGUCUCACACGCGACAAUGCUGGCCAAGGAAAGAGUUCCAAACCGCUUCUAGCAUUCAGCCGAACUCCAAGCUCUGAUAUCACGCCUACUCUUGGGCAGUUCAAGCGUUCUCAUGAUAUUUUUCGGGACGAUGACAAGAUUCCCAGUGUCUAUGAUGGUCGUACCUUGUCCAAUGCAUCCCACAGAGAACCAAGCUUCGAUCUCCGCAGCCGAAUGGGACUCCACCAGUUGAACCCGAUCGCGCACUCGAAUAUCGUGUCUCCAACACCUGGAUCCAGAGAUAUCCCUGACCGAGGGUUUUCGACACGAGAUCUCCAUAGAGGUAGGGGCCAAGAGCAAGCCUAUCUCAACAUGAACGGACAUGUGGGACUAGGCUCACUCAACCAUUCGGAUCUAUCUUUUGCCUUGAAUGGAUCGUCAAUCUAUAAUAAUACGCCGCGGUUUCCUUUCGCUGCUAGCAACCAUUUCAACACUCUAACUCAUGACCACUUUCGCCUUUCUUCAGGCCACACUACCCAGCAUAAAUUUGACGAUUAUGCAAGCACCAGUGCUAACGAAGGAAGCACGGUAGCAAACCACUACCUUGAUAUACCAAAUACCAAUCCUUUGUUUUCACAAGAUCGCGUCUUCCUUGGUUCAUGUGGCCAAUCGGGUCCAGCGUCAAGCCUGUCUCCGUUGAGAUUUACGUCGAUUAAUCAUAAUCAAGAAGCCUCCCAUUCAAUGCGCCAAAACCAGCCUCCCGCCAACAUCAAACUCGAACCACCCCAGCUUUGCGACGUCCUAGAUGAUGCGAGUAUUGAUGAUGAAAAAGAGUCACGAUUUCCUGGACAAGGUAUUUGGGAGUCGCAAGGAUCUGACAACGGCAUCGACAUCCACGAGGAUCUCCGACACGAUGAAUUGGAGCUCUGA